UCAUCCAUCCUAUCCAGAGAGAGAGGGAGAGAGAGAGAGACUUAGACACAGAGAGAGUGUGUGAGAAAGAGAGAGUGAGAGCACGGACAUCAUCGCAAGACUGACUGGAUUUUUUUUUUGUCACAUUGGAUCUAAAGAAGAGGAGCAGAGACAAUCUGACCUUUUUUUUUUUUUUGCUGCUUGUUAAAGAAGUCGCAUCACCAUGAGGUUCUUCCAUCCGCUCUUCGUCCUGUUGCUCCUACUCACGGUGCUGACUUUGCUCAGCGCACAGAAACCAGAUUUUCUGAAUUUGCGGCGAAAAUACAGGAGACAUCACUGUCCACACAAGCGAUGCCUGCCCUUACACUCCAGAGUCCCUUUUCCCUGAGGUUACCUGACACCGCACAAAAAAAAAAAGCGAUGAAGGAUGAGUGUGUGUUUGGAUUGUGUCAAAGCAUCCAAAUAGUGUGCUGGAGAAGAUGAGUUGUACUGCCAGACGGCCCAAGUCCAACCGAUCCUUCAGCAGAGUGGAUAGAACACGGCUAUGCAGUAAAGAACAUUUUACACUCAGCUUUACGCCAAAUAUAAGGAUCUCACCGGAUCAUGUGCCAAGGUUGUGAGAUAUUUGUGCUGGAGUUACUCUGUGUACAGUAUGUGUGUGUGUGUGUGUGUGUGCGUGUGUGUGUGAGAGAGAGAGAUGGGACAGCAUUUAAGUCAACAAUCACUGACUGGAACAUGAAAAGUUUACAGCAAUAACUCCAACAUCUGAA